GAUGCAGAAAUUGUGGACGGAGAGAGGUGGGCUUUUGGUAAGGCUUUUAAGUGUGAGCAGUGGCCAAUCGGUAGGGGCAUUCUCGGCGAACUGAUUUGUUGGGCACUCGCGUAUUCCUGCAGCUGGGUGUUUUCUGCGAGAAUUUGCGAGAACCCGUGAGAAUUUGUGCGCAGUUAGGGAGGCGUGGGUGAUCAGCGAUGGCGAGGAAGCUCGCAGUGCAGGUAUACAAUGCGGGAGGUCACUUGCGCGUGGUCAGCACCAAGCCUAUGCCGGGUAACCAAUGGAUUCAAGCGCUCACUAGCGUCGGCUGCCGUGUUGAGGUGUGCGUAGAGAACAAGACCAUACUCAGUGUGGAUGAUAUCCUCUCUCUCAUUGGAACCAAAUGCGACGGCGUUAUUGGGCAGUUGACAGAGGACUGGGGUGACGUUCUCUUCGCGGCCCUGAAGAAGGCUGGUGGACAUGCCUAUAGCAAUAUGGCAGUCGGUUACAACAACGUGGACGUAGAGGCUGCUACUCGACAUGGCAUUGCCGUUGGAAAUACCCCGGGUGUGCUCACGGAGACGACGGCGGAGCUGGCAGCAGCUUUGACUCUCUCGGCAGCCCGGCGCGUUGUCGAAGCUGAUGAUUUCAUGCGUGCUGGCAAAUACGAAGGCUGGCUUCCUACUCUGUUUGUUGGAAACUUACUCAAAGGUCAAACGGUGGGCAUUAUUGGAGCUGGGAGAAUUGGAACUGCAUAUGCACGCAUGAUGGUUGAGGGUUUCAAGAUGAAUGUCAUCUACUACGACCUGUAUCAGUCGACAAGAUUAGAGAAGUUUGUCACGGCAUACGGCGAAUUCCUUAAAACUCAGGGAGAGGCACCUGUACAUUGGCGCAGAGCAUCAAGCCCGGAGGAUGUACUGAGGGAGGCUGACGUUAUAAGUCUGCAUCCUGUUCUGGACAAGACGACUUAUCACCUCAUCAACAAAGACAGACUGGCUUUAAUGAAAAAGGAGGCCGUCUUGGUAAAUGCUAGCCGAGGUCCCGUGAUUGACGAAGUAGCUUUGGUGGAGCAUCUCAAAGCUAACCCCAUGUUCCGUGUUGGACUGGAUGUUUUCGAGGACGAACCUUACAUGAAGCCUGGCCUUGGGGACCUUCCAAAUGCUGUGGUCGUUCCUCACAUUGCCUCUGCCUCUAAGUGGACGAGAGAAGGCAUGGCAACACUUGCUGCCCAGAAUGUUGCGGCGAAGUUGAAGGGAUAUCCAGUGUGGCCCAACUCCAACAACAUUGAGCCCUUCCUCGACGAGAGCAAACCAGCGCCAGCUGCUGCCCCAAGUAUUGUUAACGCUAAAGCUCUUGGUCUUCCAACUGGGGACGGAAGCAAAUCAAGACUGUAAACAUGGGUGCGGUUUCCAGAAGAAGACUCCGAAAUCUCCAGAAGAUCUCAUGAUAUGCUUCAGUGUGUGCAAGCACAAUCGUAAUGUGAACUUGCCUGUAUGUAGGCUGAGUUUGCUGACUUCAAGGUUAACAUCGAGCUGCAGGAUUUUUCGGUAGUAUUUCAUUCUUGCUGGUUUGAUCAUUUACUGACCACAAGCCUACUGUUAGUGUACAUUACAGAAGGCGUAAGAGAUAUGACCUUCCCUACUCUUUUAGAUUUCAUUUUGAUAUGUUUUCCCAGAAGCUCGUAGCAGCUCAGUACCUCGUGAGAUAUCUGAUACAGUGAGAUUGUAUUUAUUUUGUUUAAUAACAUCCAAGUUAAGCUGUUUUACCAA